UUAGUAUUUUUUACGUUGUUGUCGAAUGAAGCUCUUCGAAGAUGAUCCCUAACUGUGUUGAUGACGUUGUGGCUUCAUUGGCGCGGAAGUUUGUUUUGUAACUGCGGAGACUGAGGUCGUUGUAUCGUUUUCUUUGGGUUUCUUUUUAUUAAAAUGAUGCGAAAAAAACGACGCUCAUCUGCGGAUAAAGACGAUGUCGCUACUACCACAUCCAAGGCAAAGAAGAGUCGAAGCACUAGUCGCCAGCCAAAGGAAGCAGCUCCUGAAGACACAAAUCAAAGUGUAUUUAGUGUCUUUCUUCAAAAGGCAGGUGUUACCCUGAGGCAUGGUGGCACAUCCAAUGAGAUCGCUGUGGACCAAGUAGUUUUCCAGAAAAGGAUACAACAACAACUACAAAAGAGCCCAAGGUAUCCUGGGAUUGUGCAGGAAUUUACCUCUGGGCUGGAGUCUCAUAUUGAGGAUCCUGAGCGGUUCAGGAACUGCCUUCUCCCGUGUGUCCCAAGAUUGCCUGAUGGGGACUCCAGUUGUUCUAGCUCAUUCCAGGAAAGUCUGCUGCGCAUGCUGUUGGGGAUUGAGAUGCUGCAGACGUCCAUUGUUAACAUCUUGCUCGAGAAACUCCCUGAAUUUAUGCUUGAUGGCACUGGGGAUGUAGGGCUCAGUAUUCCUCGCAUUAUUAUAAACCAGCUUAAAUGGCUGGACAGAGUUGUGGACAGCAAGGAGUUGGCUGGGAAGCUCAUGGAGCUGGUGUCUGUAGCACCUGUGGAGGUUCAGCGGGACAUUAUUACCAGUCUGCCAGAGAUACUAGAAGACUCCCAGCAUGAUGAUAUAGCCAAAGAGCUCAACCUUCUACUCCAAGAGAACACUCAGCUAACAGUUCCCAUCUUGGAUGCCCUCUCAAGUCUGAACCUGAGCUCAUCACUGUUGUCUGAGGUUCGUGGGGCUGUUAUGUCCACUUUGGCUGCUGUGCAGCUAGAUGACCUCCCCAUUGUGGUCAAAUUUGUCCUCCACUCUGUGUCAGCCUCUCAUGCAUAUGAGGUGGUGUGUAAUCUCCGCAAAAAGCUGGAAUUGGAGCAGUGUGUUCUCCCUGCUGUGCUGCAGACCUCUCAAAGCCACAUUAAGAGCAAAGGAUCACGAACCAGGUCUGCUUCUUCACCAGGAGCUGGCGCCAGUCAGGACAGUGUUGCGUUAAUUUUAGACGGGAUUAAGUCGGCUGUGCGAUUCCAGAAAACAAUAUCUGAGGCUUGGCUUAAGGCUAUUGAAUCUGUGGAGGGAGUGGAGGACCACAAGGUGAUAGAUCUGCUCGUACUGUUCAUUCUCCACUCCACCAAUGCCAAUCAGAGCCGGCGCGGGGCAGAGAGGGUGCUGAAAGUGAAAGUGAGGACUGGACUGAUCCAGGAGGCUCUGCUCCAAAAGACCUUCAGGGACUACUCUCAGGUCAUGCGAGGUUAUUUCCCCUCCAUACUGGCUCUAGCUCAGGGCUUGUUGCGAUCCCCCGACCCCUCUGUGGUGCCUUUUGGUGGACAUAUGUAUCGCCACUCAUUCACUGCUUUUGAUUCUUACAGUCAGCAGGAGGUGGUGGGCUCUUUGGUGACGCAUGUGUGCAGCGGUGUGGGAGGGGAGGUGGACAUGGCUCUCGAGCUGCUCUGCGGCCUGGUAACAGAGAAUCCCUCAGAAAUGGCCCUGUAUGCUGUUUUUGUCAAGGGAAUCUUGGACUACAUGGACAACCUCACGCCCCAGCAGAUCCGCAGACUCUUUCACCUUCUGAGCAGACUGGCCUUUGGACAGCAGCAACAGGGAUCUCACAUCCAGGACGACAUGCACAUAGUGAUCCGUAAACAGCUGUCCAGCACUGUGCCAAAGUACAAACGUAUCGGCAUCAUUGGUGCUGUUAUGGUUGUUGGCAGCAUGGGGGGCAGCAGGUUUAAAGGAAAGGAGUCUCAGAAUGGGUCGAUAUCCCAAGAGACUUUCAGACAGGUGACGGCCCUGUUGGAGCUGGUAAAAUCGAGCAGUGAGAGCUCACCUGAGGCCGCUGCUCUGUACUACGAUGAACUAGCCAACCUCGUCCAGAGCUCCACCCUGGAUCCACAGGUGUUGGAGAUGAUUUCAAAGAGUGUCCUGGAUGACUUUCAGAAUGACUUUGUGGUGGAUUUAGGGCCAGAUAUAGUUGGCUCCUUCCCCCUUCCAGCCUGCUAUAUGUACAACCUGGAAGAAGAUGAGAGUCAAGGGGGCAUUGCCAUCAACCUGCUGCCUCUGCUGACAGAAGAUACUCAGAACAAAGGGGAGCAGCAGAGGGACACCAAGAAGACUCACAAGCGGGUGUCUCCUCUUUGUUUGUCUCCUUUUUUCCGCCUCCUGAGACUGUGUGAAGAGAAACAGCACCAGGGGGACCUCGAGGAGAUUGAUGCUCUGCUGGGCUGCCCUCUGAUCCUGACUGACAUGGAUGUUGUGGCGAAAAUAGAGAGCCUGUCAAAACCAGAGAGGGAGUUUCUCUGUAAUUUGCUCUUUUACUCCAUCAACUGGUUUAGAGAGGUCAUCAAUGCAUUCUGCAGACUGAAAGAAAUAGAGAUGAAGAUGAAGGUAAUGACUCGUCUGCAGAAUAUCUCUUACCUUCAGACGCUGUUGGAGAGGGCGCUGGCAGGAACACUGGGCUACAUUCCACCUGUGGCCAACUUUGAUGGCGAAAGUACCGAUGGGAUUAUCCCAAAUUCAUCUGCUCCUGUGAAUAAAGCAAAGAAAGAGGGCACUGGGAAGAAGAGGAAGGCUCCUGGUAAGAGCUCCUCAGAGAGCAGCUCUCAGCUUGAUGAGACGAUCAAUGCAGAUAAAUCUAUGCAGGAGCAGCCAGAGAAAGGAGAAAAGGAGAAGGAGAAAGAGAAGGAUGCCCGUCCAGGAGUUAGUCUGGUGUCCUACCGACAGUUCUUCAGGGAGCUGGACAUGGAGGUGCUGAGCGUGCUGCAGUGUGGCCUGCUUUCCCGCUCCCUGCUGGACUCUGAGCUCCAUUCAAAGGUGCGAGAGGAGGUUCUGCUGGGUCCUGCUGAGCUGGUUUUCCUGUUGGAUGAUAUGCUUCGCAAACUGGAGUUCAGUUUAGCCGCUGCACCUGCCAAGAGAGCACCUUUCCUCAAGGGAAGGACUGACAAGAGUGUGGGCUUCUCCCACCUACAACAGAGGAGCUCCAAGGAUAUCGCUUUGUGCUCCAUCCAGCUGCUGCCCACCCUCUGCUCACAUCUAGAGAACUGCCACAAUCAUUUUCAGACAAUUCUGUCUGAGAACAACGGUGUCGUGGACGGACCUGCCACAGACAUACAGGAGCACCAGCUGAUGUCAUCGGCCUACCAGCUGCUGCUGCAGGUGUUGAACACUACCUUCAGCUGGUCUGGAUUCAGUCAGCCAGGACAGCGGAGCUUACUGAAGAAGGCUCUGGGAGUUUUGGCGGGACGACUCAAAGAGGGAGGUUCUGAGUUAACCCUAGAGCUGCUUGUGAAACACAGCUUUGAGUACCUGGUGAACUUCAGGAGUACGAUGCCGAGUCUCAGCACGGCUCUGUGUCUCUCCCAGCUUCUGUCUACUGUGUCUGAAAAAGGAGGGAACUCUGCUACCUACAGAGAGCAGACUGCUUCCCUAGCUAAACGUUUCCUGAGCCAAGAGUGGGUGACAGCCAAUGGAGACAAGGAGCGAGGAAACAAAUUCAAUGAUGCACUCAACACUCUCCUUAGCAUCUACCUAGAGCAUGUGGACGACGUUCUCAAAGCAGUGGAAGAGAUCGCUGGAGAAGGAAUCACAGAGCUCAUCAAUGCAGCAAAAGAUGAGAGCUCUGCAACAUGGCCCACUCUCAACAGGCAAACCUUCCUGGUCUUUUAUAAAGUAUUGAUGGCAGAGUUGGAAAAGGCUGCAAGAAAGAUUCCCCCUUUUAAAGCUAGUGACAAUACUGAGGCUCAGAGUGAGAAGCUGCUGACUUGGAACCUGGCUGUCAGAGAUUUUCACAUCCUGGUCAACCUGGUUAAGGUGUUUGAUUCAAGGCCAGUGCUUAAUGUGUGCCUUAAGUAUGGCCGCCUUUUCCUGGAGUCUUUCCUAAAGUUGGGGAUGCCGCUACUGGACAACAGUUUCAAAAGACACAAGGAGGAUGUUCAGAGCCUGCUGAAGACUUUUCAGCUCAGCACCCGGCAGCUCCAUCACAUGUGUGGACACUCGAAGAUUCACCAGGACACAAGCCUGACAAACCAUGUCCCAGCCUUAAAAAAGAGCCUGGAGCUGUUCGUUUACAGAGUGAAGGCCAUGCUGACGCUCAACAACUGUCAGGAGGCUUUUUGGAUCGGCAAUCUAAAGAAUCGAAACCUGAAGGGUGAGGAGAUUCUUUCUCAGAUGUCACAAGGAAGCGAUGAAGAUGGUGAAGAGGGGCAACGUUCACCACCGCCUCAGGAACAGUCUGAGGAUGAGGCCCAGGGGAGCGACUCAGAGGAGAGCAGGACCGUCAACAGAGGGCAGGCCUUGGACCAAGAUGACGACACUGAUGACUCUGACUGAACACUUUUUGGUUUUCAUUUUAGGCUUCUUUCAGUCAAACCUCUCAAGUGCCAGAUGAAAUUUAAUGCCUUUUUUCCUUUUAAAUGCAUAAAAUUCUGUUAGUUAACGUGCUUUAUAAAUCAGUAAUACCAAUAAAUAAUCAGAUUUCUGUAUUUUUGGUUUGUGGCAAUAACCCAGAAGUUAAGUAGGGAAAUUCAAGUUUAUACUAUAUACCUAUAAAGGUUUUCUCUUCUGUUAAGAUGAAACAGUUUUAAAAAAAAAGAUACUUUCAAAGAUUAGGGGUAUCUGUAUAAAAUACAUGAUGUUUGUUUUAUUCUAUUUGUUUGCUUACAAAAUAAAAUAUUGAUGUGUA